CCCAGGAGAAUUUUGUGCCUACCUACACUUCACCCCAAAAUUACAAUUACUUUUUCUUAAGACUUGCCUGGUGGGACUUAAUUUUCAGCCCCUCUAUAGGAAUUAUAUGAUCUGAUCAAUAGACAUUUCCAGCCACACAAGACAUACCUCAUGGAUUUGUACCUGGUUGGAUAUCUCAUGUGCAUGUGGUUGUCCUGCUCUCGGGUGCUUGGAGGCUAUCCCAUCUGGUGGUCCCUGGCCCUUGGGCAGCAGUACUCAUCCCUCGGAUCCCAACCCAUCCUUUGUGGCUCAAUUCCUGGCUUGGUGCCCAAACAACUGCGCUUCUGUCGCAAUUACAUUGAGAUCAUGCCCAGUGUAGCAGAAGGAGUCAAACUUGGAAUCCAGGAGUGUCAGCACCAGUUCCGUGGCCGCAGGUGGAACUGCACCACAAUUAAGGACAAUCUAGCCAUAUUUGGUCCAGUACUUGAUAAAGCCACAAGAGAGUCUGCCUUUGUUCAUGCAAUUGCGUCAGCUGGAGUGGCAUUUGCAGUGACCCGUUCGUGUGCAGAGGGGACCUCCACAAUGUGUGGCUGUGACUCCCACCAUAAAGGCCCACCAGGAGAUGGCUGGAAAUGGGGAGGCUGCAGUGAGGAUGCUGAGUUUGGGGUUCUGGUGUCUCGGGAGUUUGCUGAUGCUCGCGAGAACCGCCCAGAUGCUCGGUCUGCCAUGAACAGACACAACAAUGAAGCAGGACGAAUGACCAUCCUAGAAAACAUGCACCUGCGCUGUAAGUGCCACGGGCUGUCAGGCAGCUGUGAAGUGAAGACCUGCUGGUGGGCACAGGCUGACUUCAGGCUGUUGGGGGACUACCUGAAAGACAAGUACGACAGUGCCUCUGAGAUGAUGGUGGAGAAACAUCGAGAGUCCAGAGGCUGGGUGGAGACAUUACGUGCAAAAUACGCCUUCUUCAAACAUCCCACCGAGCGAGACCUGGUCUACUAUGAGGGAUCGCCCAACUUCUGUGAGCCUAACCCAGAAACAGGCUCGUUUGGCACCCGCAACCGGGUUUGUAACGUGUCCUCGCAUGGCAUCGAGGGCUGUGACUUGCUGUGCUGUGGCCGUGGCCAUAACACACGGACAGAGAAACGCAAGGAGAAAUGCCACUGCAUCUUUCACUGGUGCUGCUACGUCAGCUGCCAAGAGUGUGUGAGAGUCUACGACGUGCACACAUGUAAAUAAGGGCAACAGGUGGGAGGAGAGGGACUUGUAGACAUUAAAGGAUAGAAAGAGAGAAAGAGAAAUGAGAAGGGAGAGAAAGAGGACAGCAAAUGCAGAUCACCUACACAAACGCAAACUCACAUGAUGCAUCAUUGUGAUACACAUAUAGUAGUGGCACUUACCAGAACUCUUUACUAAUGUGCCUUUUUUGAUUUCCAUGCCCUGAAAGAGGCUUGUUGGCGAUGCCCACCAUGAUCACCAUGGUUACUACUGCCAUUACUCUCACUUUUUUUUUUUAGCUGUGGCACACCUUGCGUCUGCAUAAGAACAAAAUGCCUUGACUCUUCCCUACUGUUCACUGUUAUCAUUCAGACUAUUUUAUCUGUAACACCGUCUCUUUGAUCAUCUCCACUUACUGCCCAGGGGCUGAAAUGGGAUCUGUCCUCUUCUGCUUUCCUACACACACUGACACUAAGCACCCAGGAGAGAACAAGAUGAGGGAGAAGGGUGGACUAGAAACUACUGGUUAACUACUGAACGCUGGGCCUUUAAUAUGCCCUGCUAUACUACUGAAUACAAUGCAAUGCCCAUGCUUUCCCUAUGUUAUCCUGAGGUUCACCAGUCUUGCUGCACUCUCCAAUAUCUCCCAUGGGUCAUAACUACAGGCAGAAAGGUGACUCCUGGGAGGAGACAUGGGCUCUUCAACAGGCUUCAAAUCCCUGCAUGUGAACACAUCCCUAUGGACAUACUGCUCUUGUGCAUAUUGUACACUACAACAGUUGUGUAAACCACAUUCCCUAUUCUCAUAUAUGUUCGACACAUGGAAUAUAUUGCUGUUUGCCACUUAAAGACUGCUGUAUAUCUGCUUUACAUGGCAGAGGGAUGCAAUCGAUACAUUAACGAAAAAGGCUGUGGGCGGUGCAGUAAAAAUGGGAAAAGUCAGUGUGGGUACAAUUCUGUCUUCCUUCAAGAUUUCGGAAGGGCUUUAUGUGUAGCUGCAGAACAUGUAGGUACAAAGCCAUCAGUAACUCCUGGAUGAAUGCAUGACAGCUGGGUUUGAUGGGGUGAAAUGCAUGACAGCACAAUGCAAUGGCACACACUGGGCUCAUGUGCACCCAACCAGUACAUUUUGCACUUACAAAACUUCUAAUGAAUAUACUAAUUCUAGAGAUUAUGAUGAUUAUUUGUAACAUAUUCUUUUUGAUAAAGCUCCUCAUAGAUGACUGUGAAGGCUCUAUUUCAACACUUCCCUGAUGAGGAGAAGUUUGCAUAGAGGAAGGAGAACAGGUAAACAAGAGGAGAAUAGUUAAAGAAAUAUGAGGGUAAAUAAAGCAGAGAGGUGAAGAGGGAAUGGCAUGAUGCUGCUGUUUUGACUGAUGUGGGACAGGCCUGAGUUCGAGAGUGUUUGAUAAAUGGAGAAGGUGUCAGGAAAGACUGGCUUCACAAUGGUGCAACAGACUAGCAGAGGUUUCCAUACAACAUGUUCCGACAGUCCUAUACACUCCCCAUUAAUUAAGUUUAACUACACAAAGCUGAAGACAGAUGUUAGACCAGGUUCACAUCCAUACCAAUCCCAUAAGGAGCCCUCUCUAGCUGGCCACAUCUAUGCUCUAUUUUCCAUUUCUCCUUCCGCUAUAUCCAAAG